CCGGAGCAAUGGCCCUUCGAUUCCUAUGUCUAUCCUUCUUCACCCGUGUUCUUUCAACCGGCUGCUUAUCUGUCUCGGCAUCUCCACGCAGCGGUGUCUCGCCCAUAGCUUUCGUCGUAGCCGCACGUGCAUCUUCCACAACUGUGCCCGUUCCCUGCGAUUGCAACUCCACCUCUUCAAUUCUUUCAGCGGCUACCGCCGUGGCCCCUCCAUCCUGUCUGUGAAAUUUCGAAGCCUGAAAUCCGCGAUUCUGUCCAAACGCUGUCACGCGACGAUGGCCCGGCCAUUGAAACUGCGCUGCCGUAGAAGUUUCCGGUCGAUGAAUCUGUGCAAGGCCCCGGGCAAACGUCCGCCAUGCGGCUAUGCGGCACGAGC